AUGGCGAAAGGGCUCCUUGUGACCUAUGUCCUUUGGGCUGUAGGGGGCCCUGCUGGGCUUCACCACCUAUACUUGGGAAGGGACAGUCAUGCCCUGCUCUGGAUGCUUACCCUGGGGGGAGGUGGGCUGGGCUGGCUCUGGGAAUUCUGGAAUCUCCCAAACUUUGUAGCUCAAGCCAACAGAGCCCAGGGACAGAAACAGAGCUCAAGAGAGGGGAUACCCCCACUGAAUCCCAUUCGCUUUUUUGCCCAGAUGAUAGUGGGCAUAUAUUUUGGCCUUGUGGCUCUGAUUAGCUUUUCUUCCAUGGCCAACUUCUACAUUGUGGGCCUCCCACUGGCAGUUGGCUUAGGUGUCUUGCUGGUGGCUACUGUUGGCAACCAAACCUCAGACUUUAAGAACACUCUAGGAGCAGCAUUUCUUACUUCCCCUAUAUUCUAUGGCCGCCCCAUAGCCAUCCUGCCCAUCAGCUUGGCUGCCAGCAUCACAGCCCAGAAACAUCGCCGCUACAAACCUUCAGUGGAGUCAGAGACACUCAGUGUGCGGCUCUACAGGCUCGGUUUGGCUUACCUUGCUUUCACAGGCCCGCUGGCAUACAGUACCCUGUGGAACACAGCUGCCACUCUCAGUUAUGUGGCAGAAACACUUGGCUCCUUCUUAAAUUGGUUCAGCUUUUUCCCCCUUCUUGGCCGCCUUAUGGAGUCUGUCCUCCUUCUGCCUUACCAAAUCUGGUGGCUAUUAGUUGGGGAUCCAGGUAUCAACAACCGCUACUUCCAGGAGUGGGAGAAGUUCUAUGAGUUUGUUCACAGUUUUCAGGAUGAGAAGCGCCAGCUGGCUUACCAGGUUUUGGGCCUCUCAGAUGGGGCAACAAAUGAAGAAAUACAUCGUAGUUACCGGGAGCUAGUGAAGGUCUGGCAUCCCGACCACAACCAGCACCAAAGAGAGGAGGCCCAAAGGCAUUUCCUGGAAAUCCAGGCUGCAUAUGAAUUUCUGACUCAGCCCAAGAAGCCCAGAGGAUCCCAGAGGUGA